GAAUGUGUAGAUAGAAUGGAUGUCAAAAAAAGACAAAAACGUGAGGUAUCUGAAUCUGAGCACUUCGAUGAAUCAGAGAUUGUUAAAAUGGCAAGACAUGUAUUUAGGUCUCACCCUAUUAACAGAUUACAGCAAGCUCAGAUUGAACUGAAUAAUUAUGAAAUGGAAGGAGACAAAUUGGCUUAUAAUUUGGAUGCUCAUUCUUUGAAGAACGAUUACGCGGCUAUCGAAUAUGAUACCAAUGAAAAUGACCAUAUUGAUAUUAUAAAAAGUAUUUUUUGUAAAGACAAUGUGAAAUCAAUUGAUAGUGAAAACGUGGCAAACAUAUACAGACAUGAUUACAUAGACUUGCCAAAGACGGGACGUAAGAAGUCGGAAAACUCUAUUACAUUUGUGUCAAAUUCCACAAUUGCGUUUGAACCUAAAUCGAAAUGCUAUCUGAAUCCAAAACAGAUAGAUAAUUAUCAACAAAGACAUGACAUAGAAACCAGUGAUAAAGUAAAAAGUAAAAAAAGUGACAACUUAGAGUUGGAUGUAGAUAACAAACUUAUUUCAAACAUGCGAAAGGACCAAGAAGAAAAAGACUGCGACAUUGAAAAUAACUUAUUGGCCGAGGACACAGAACUUACGCGUGGUUCGAGAGACAAAAUUAAUAAUAAGCAGCUAACUGAUCGAAACCGGAAACUUCAAAAGGCCUAUGUUUCGACCGAACUGCAGCCAUAUAUUAAAAAAAAUCUACCUAAAAACAAAAUGAGAAUACGCUAUUCGGAAAUAGAAGAAACAUCCCCGUGGACAACGAUAGCCGAAAAAGAUCCACUUGAAGUGAUUGAUGUGUGGGACUACAUUGAUCAAAGGGGACUCCGCCAUUAUAAUAUAGGCCGCCCUAUUCCUCGUACAAAAUUAUUGUAUAGAGAUGAUGAGACUGAAGAUGAAUCUGAACUUCGGAACAGGUCAACAGCAGUAACAUAUUUUCAUAGCUUUCCAAUAUUUUAUUUUCCAUUAUUACGACCACGAUCUGAAGAAAUAGCCAUAGGAAAUUAUUUUUAUGGAAGGUUAUGGACGGCCGUUGUACCUCUAGCGUUUUUUUUGUUUACUUCAAUAUUGUUCCUUGUUUUUUUUUUCUUGAGUCAAAGAAUGACCCGAAUUGGAAGAUGGCAUUUCAAGAGCUUGCUGAUGGGAUUGGUGUUAAUGGCCAUUGCAUUCGCUACAGUGCCAAUCUUAAGUAUACAUGGAAUUCAUUACGGGCUUGAGCAGAUAAGAUUCUUUAUCGACUGCUGUAGAAUAAAUGACAAAGAGAACCCUCAGUGUAAAGUAUCUUGUCCGCUAGAUGUCCUUAACGAUACUAUAGAGGAAUUAAUGGUCCCGUUUACCGAGGUUCACUCAAUCCAGUAUAUGCCUUAUAUUAACACAAUGAAGUUGUUAACAUUACAUUUAAGGUAUCUACGUAGAAGGCGAUAUAUAUCUAGAUGGGCCCUUUUCGAACUAUUCAAUUAUUGUUUAUAUCCGCCAUGGCGUGUAACUAUAAAUAAAGAAGGAUGGACCGUAAGGGCUGCCAGAUCAUUGGGUGGCUAUUACCAGCAUGCACGCCAUUAUUUCACAUUUUUACGCCACGACUUGUCCAAUCAUGUAUCUGCCGCCGCAAAUGAUUACAUUCUUAGCCAGCUACGCUCAAUAUGGGAUUUGGCUGAUAUAUUAAACGCUGCACAAAUAUUGUGGCUCUGCUAUGUCUUCUGCUUUGUCUUCUUUACGAUCAUAAGGUUCAAGAUAGUUAUAUUUUUUGGAUGCGUAAUUGUUUCGGCGUUCUUUUGGGCGAUAGUAGGUAUCACAACGGUUGUUUUAUUUGUCAUCAGCGAUAUUGGUUACGACUUCAUUGACAUACAUUUACCAAGAGUGAUUUCCGGUAUAUUGGCCAAUCACACACGUUUGUUUGGUUCUAAAAUAAAUAUUACUUUUGAUCAUCUUAUGUAUUACGCGACAUGCAGAAACAAAAACUCACCUCAAAUAAGGGCUUGGUAUCUUUUGUAUGACCCGGUUGGCAUGGAUCCAUUGAUGAGGGAGUGGAGAGAAUGGCUGGACUCAAAACAUUCGUUGAUGAUGUUGAAACUUGAAGAAAAGGGAAUUUUAAAAAUAUUAGCUCCACGUGUAGUAAAUGCAACUGAACGCGUAGAUCGGGACACUAAGAACGGUAUAAUGGAGGUUUUUAUGAGAAAUUUGCACUGUAAUAGGACUAAAAAACUUGUUAAAAAGUUGGAUCACAUUGUUUUCGACUCUGGGUUUAAACUUCUUGUCUUGUACACUCUGGGCUCUUACUUAUGUGCGUUCAAUUUCACGGUACUGACGAUAGUACUCCUUUUUUAUAGGAAUUAAAUUAAGCGGGACUUAGCAUUAUCAACUUUAAAAAUAAUUGUAUACUUUAAAUAAUAUUUCGCAGAACAUUACCAGCAAAACCCCCCUUAGUUUACUUUCUGUGAAUUAGAACUAGAUCGUUGGGAAAGUAUGAAGAGCUGCACACUGACGGAAGAAGUUAUAGCUAACAAAAUAUUUUUGAAUUUCGGUAAUCGAAUCUUGCGUUGUUUAUUCAAAAUUUAAAGCAUUAAUAAAAAAAUAUAUACACAUAACAAACGCAUUACAAUGCGA